GUGUCAUAGGUGGUUUCCGGCCAGCUCAGCUCGCCGGUGGGGCGAACAUGUCGGGCGCGGCGGGGUCCGGCGGGGGCUCGGUGGGCUCCGUGGUGCGGCGCUUCCUGGCCGAGUACAGCAGCGGCACCGCCAGCCGCCUCAAGGUGCUGGACGCGUAUCUGCUCUACGUGCUGCUGAGCGGCGCGCUGCAGUUCGGCUACUGCCUGGGCGUGGGCACCUUCCCCUUCAACUCCUUCCUCAGCGGCUUCAUCUCGGCCGUGGGCAGCUUCAUCCUGGGCGUUUGCCUGAGGAUCCAGAUCAAUCCACAGAACAAAGGCGACUUCCAGGGCAUCUCUCCAGAACGGGCCUUCGCCGACUUCCUCUUCGCCAGCACCAUCCUGCACCUCGUCGUCAUCAACUUCGUGGGCUGAGCCGGGGGACCCUUAGCUCCUGACUACCUCUCGUGCUCGGCUGCUGCCGUGCCCGGGGACAGGUGUGCCAGCCCCCCAUGGACGUGGGUCCUGCCCCCCUGGGGAAGGGCUGCAGCAGUGCAAACUGACGAGGCCUUGUGAGAAGAUGCCAGCCUCUUCCCCACACCGCCUGUGACCCCUCCCCCAAUAAACCCCUUUGUUCUGGG